GAAGUGCUGAGCACUUUGGCAGGAAAGGGGGGGAAUAUUGCCUGACAACGAUUAUUUUCUCUCAUAGUGGCUGUGGAAACUCAUAUCUGUAGUCGGAUAGUCAGUCGGUAGGUCAGUUCGCCCUUCAGCCUUCGCCCACGACUUUGCCUCCUGCUGCAGCUGAAGAAUAAGCGGGUUCAUGAUCACCAGGAAGCUCUUAAUUUCUUCAUACCUGGAUUAACUCGCGGGCUUCUUUUCCCCCCAUUUUUUUUUUUUUCUUUUACACUUUUUUGUUUUUGUUUUUUUGUUUUUAAUCUUGCAAGGAAGAGACUUUUUCCUCAGCCAAAAUGUUGUGGAAAUUAGCCGACAACGUAAAAUACGAGGAUGACUGUGAGGAAAGGCACGAUAGUAACAGCAAUGGGAACCCACGGCUGCCUCACCUGCCGGCGGUCAGUCAACACCUCUACAGCCCGUCUACUUCCCUCUCACACUCGGCCAGUUCAGACUUCCAGCCUCCUUACUUUCCUCCUCCCUACCAGCCUAUCUCGUACCCGCAGUCUAGUGACCCCUACUCUCACCUCGGGGACCCUUUCAACAUCAACUCCAUACACCAGUCGCCAUCCUCGAACCAACAGCAGCCGUGGCCUGGGCGGCAAGGCCAGGAGGGGCUCGGCGCCCACGGGAGGAGCGGACUCGCGAGUCAGAUCCUAGGCUUGGAGGGAGGCUCGUCGGGGGUUAGGAGGGAAGGGUUCCGCCGACCGGAGCUGCUAUCUCCACACGCUCACAGUCUAGAGUCGUCGGUUAUUGGCGAUAAUAUGGGAAUGCAUGACAUGGGACACGGACUGGAUGAUGUUCAACAAGUAGACGACCACAGUAUAAUUAUGGCAGAUCAGACGGUCAUCAAAAAAGUAUUAGGACUUCGAGGUGGCAGGAACCUUGAUCGCUUACAGAGGACUUAUUAUCAGGGGGGAAUUCUCGCGGGGCCUGUCACUCUGCCUAAAGGAAACGCACUAGGUCUUCCCUUCCAGAAAGAGUCCCUGCUGGGCAUGGUAUCAAAUCCCACAGAGGUGUUUUGCUCCGUACCAGGCCGUCUUUCCUUGCUGAGCUCCACAUCCAAGUACAAGGUUACUGUGGCUGAAGUCCAGAGACGUUUGUCACCCCCAGAAUGCCUCAACGCAUCGCUCCUGGGAGGCGUUCUACGCAGAGCCAAGUCAAAAAAUGGAGGCCGUUCUCUGAGAGAAAAGCUGGACAAAAUUGGGCUUAACCUGCCUGCAGGAAGAAGGAAGGCAGCUAAUGUCACUCUACUUACCUCGCUAGUAGAAGGCGAAGCUGUUCAUUUAGCAAGAGACUUUGGUUAUGUGUGUGAAACUGAAUUCCCUGCAAAGGCAAUUGCUGAAUACCUGGGUAGGCCACAUGUGGAGCGGAAUGAGGUUAACUCGCGGAAGAACAUGCUCCUUGCUGCCAAGCAAAUCUGCAAAGAGUUUACCGAUCUGCUCACUCAGGACCGCUCACCUUUGGGCAACGCUAGGCCCGCUCCCAUCCUGGAACCUGGAAUCCAAGGCUGCCUGACUCACUUCAGUCUUAUCACUCAUGGCUUUGGCUCUCCAGCCAUCUGUGCUGCCAUGACUUCGCUUCAGAACUACCUGAAUGAAGCGCUGAAACAAGUGGACAAGAUGUACCUGAGCUCUGGUAGCGACACCCAGGGAUCCUCAGACAGUGGAAGUAAAUCUACUGACAAAAUGGACAAGCACAGGAAAUGAGAGCUUAAAGGAGAAUCCCUAUGAACUUGAGAUUCCCAGAGUCCCUUAAACUUGCUGCCCUGUCUUCCCUUUUGGACUUUUUAAAAAAAUCAAUAUUUGGUAUUGUCUUUUUGAGAGCUGCAUUUGUGUGUGAAUGUGGUGCUCACACUGUAAAUUUAUAGUUUGACAGGUUGGGGAUUUUUAACAACCUGUCACAGCAGGCUACAAAUCAGUUACUGUUGGCACGUGUGUUGAAUGCUCUGGAUUGGUCCUAAUGGGAGCCCGCUCCGUGAAAGAGUAAAGCCCUUUUCAGAAAUGGCAUGUGUGGCUUCUUCUGUCUGCUAAAGCGACAGGAUUGUCAUUUAGUGACAAGGAAAAAAGUAUAUAUUUAUGUUCAUAUUAUUGCUGUUUAGCACAGUUGCUAUUCGGCAUAAGCUAGUGAAAUUACAGUCAUGACUUUCACAGAGAAGUUGCUGGGGUGUGCGUUCAUACACCAAAGCAAUGCGAUAAAAUGCUGUUAGAUUCCUAGAAAGGAGUACAUGCCUGAAAAGGGGCUUAAUACAUGCCACAUCAUGCUAACCACUAUGCAGUUACAUACAGUUGCUAGUGGCCUACUGCUACAACCACAGGGCCUGUAUUCUCUUGAAGAAGAUGAGGGGAAACAAAAUGCAUUCUGCGACUAUUUUCCCCCCUCCCUUGUCUUUCUGUCUUUCUCUUUUUUUCCCUCAUCUUCCCUAGAGGACAUCAUUUCAAGAUGACUUUCUGUGGCUGUGAAUUCCUCUCAGUUUUCUCCAUCCUGCUCAGUCUGGGGGCAAAUCCACUUAUUUCCUGUGUCUCAAUUGACUUGCAAAGGACAGUUUUUAUGUGUGAGAGAAAAUCUACUUAGUUUUCUUUAUUUUUGUGCUUUAGUUGUACCAUUACUUCAGAAUGGAUCCAGUGUUAUUGUGUUUUUGUUCAUGGGAGUUGAUUUGAAGCUUGUGCAGGCCUGGAUGAGAAAAGACAGUUGGUUUUCUCAUCUCAGCCUGUGCUCUUUCAGAAACCAAAAACUUUAAAGUGCCCCCAUUAUGCCAAUUUAGAGGCUCAUUAUUUUAUUUUUGUGGUUGUAUACUGCUACAGCACAUCUCUUCACCCUCUGAAACACUCAGUAUUAGUGGCUGCAUUAGGUUUUAGUUCACUGCUUAUUCUUUUUUUGAGGGCAUGCCAAACUAGCUGCUAGGUGUGCAUUAUGCCACCAUGUUACACAGUGACGUAAAUAACAAAAAGAAAAGUCUGGACUUCAAAUGAUGCAUUUCAAGCAGUUUAGGAGCACUGGUUUUUGCAGGAGAGAAUAACUCACUUUGAUGUGGACUUGAUUUGUUUUUGUUUUUUUAAACUUUGCAAAACCUUUUUCUCAUGUGCAAAAGUGAUUUAACAGACUACAUGAUAGAUAAAAUCCCAGAAUGCAUAGCAGGGGCACUUUGAAUUUGCUAUGACAGAAGCCUCCUCAGUGUUUGUGGAUUACAGGCGUUGCCAUGGAUCCAUUGUUACUCAGUCUUACAACACAUACAGUACAUAGUCGUGAGAAGUUUGUUUGUUUGCUUUUACUUAUUAUUUUUUUGUGAACAAGUUAUUCAUUAAAAACAACAUCCAAACUGACACUAACCUACCAACAAGCUCACUUCUGCCAGAUUGUGUGUUGGUUGUGAGAAUGCGUGCGUAAAUGUACAUAUUUCUUUCUUUUAAAAAAAAAAAAAAAAUGUUUUUAGAAAUUAAAUUCCAAGCAUAGAAUUUAAUCCAGUGUCUUGUCCUGGAUGUAAAUAUUUUCUAAUUUAUGUUGUAAUUUAAUGGGCUUGUGUAAAUAAUGGUAUCAGUUUGGUGCAUGGUUUAACUUUUUAUGAGGAUGUGUUAAAAUUUUGUAAAUCAGUUUUUUUUUUUUUGUUUUUUUUUUUAUAAACUAGAGUGUAGAAAGUGGGGGAUGAUAUACAUUUUUGAAAAUAUGUUUUAAAAAAAUGCUGUUCUAAAGUUUCAGGAAAAAAAAAAUAAAUGACAGCCUCAA